GCGGCGGGGCCGAGGCGGGGCCCGGGCGGAGCCGCGGCGGCCGGGGGCGGCCCGCAGCCGGGCCGGGCCGGGCGGCGCGAGCACAUGCAGGGCGCGGCGCGGCGGCGGCCGCACCCGGCGGCGGCCCCGGGCUCCCCCCAGCCCGCCGGGCCCCUCUACCAGGGCAGGCAUGGAGCAGUCAAGAACGAAGACACCUUCAAGACUUCUCAAUUUCAUUUUGAUCUGUGGUUCUACUUUACUCUGCAGAACUGGGUGCUGGACUUUGGGCGUCCCAUUGCGAUGAUUAUUCUACCUUUGGAGUGGUUUCCACUAAACAAACCAAGUGCUGGAGAUUAUUUCCACAUGGCUUACAAUGUUAUCACACCAUUUCUUCUGCUAAAGCUCAUUGAAAGAUCCCCUAAGACCUUGCCAAGAUCUAUGGUGUACGUCAGCAUCAUCGUGUUUGUCAUGGGAGCCAGCAUCCACUUGGUUGGAGACUCUGUAAACCAUCGCUUGAUUUUCAGUGGCUACCAGCACCAUCUGUCUGUAAGAGAGAAUCCAAUCAUCAAAAACUUGAAGCCAGAGACACUGAUUGAUUCCUUUGAGCUGCUGUACUACUACGAUGAAUAUUUAGGUCAUUCAAUGUGGUACAUCCCCUUCUUUCUGAUACUGUUUAUAUAUUUCACUGGCUGCUUCACUCCUGUUGAAGAAGAGAGCAGGAUGCCAAUGGCUGCGUUGCUUCUAAUAGGGCCAAGCAGCCUUUAUUACUGGUAUCUCGUGACAGAGGGUCAGAUUUUCAUCCUCUACAUUUUCACUUUCUUUGCCAUGAUGGCUUUAGUGAUGCACCAGAAACGCAAAGGACUUGUCCUGGACAGCAACGGGCUUUUUCUGUUCUACUCCUUCAUCAUAACACUGGUCCUGAUUGCUGUUUGGGUGAUUUGGCUGUGGAAUGACAAAAUUCUCAGGAAGAAGUACCCUGGCGUGAUCUAUAUCCCCGAGCCGUGGGCGUUUUACACCCUGCACAUGAACAACCUCCAUGCGGCAAAGGAAAGUUUAUAAGUUUUGAUAUUUUCGAGUGAUUUGAAGAAAAAAAAAAUCUAGUUUUUCUAAUGUAGACAUAUUUCAAAUAAAUUACUGACCAACAUUA